CAUUUCCAUUUCCUUUACAGUCUCAGACUCUCAGUCGACCAAAAGCGGCCUAAAACCCUGAAGUUCGAACCCAAACGCCGUCUUCCCCGGUGCAAAAUGGCGUCAGGUCUUAACAAUGGCACUAGGUUAUUCAGAGGUUGCAGAACCCUCUUAGAUUCACUCAAGUCCACCACUCAAGCUUACUCUUCUGCUGCUGCGGUUUCUCCCAAGGGGGAGCUAAAAGCUUCAGGUGCCGCUGCUUCCCGCAAAAAAUCGGAAGCCGGAGAGAAGAAAGAGGGGAAUCGUUCGGGGGGGAUUUUUAAGUCCGUCCAGGUUUCUCCGGCUCUCGCUGGCUUCCUCGGCAUGUCCGAGUCUUCGCGUUCUGAAGCCGUCAAGCAAAUAUGGUCCUACAUCAAGCUGAAUGAUCUCCAGAACCCAGCUAAUAAGAGGCAGAUCAAUUGUGAUGAAAAGCUAAAGGCCAUAUUUGAUGGAAGAGAGAAUGUGGGGAUCUUAGAGAUCGGAAAAUUGCUAUCCCCUCAUUUUGUGAAGUCGUCUAGUUAACCAUCAAACUUCCAAUGCAUGUAUCGACUUAGUUGUUCUAACAGUUAUCUCUCAACCUAUCUUCCAAAUCGCUGAGAUGAUAUUGUGCUGUGUUUGGCUAAUCUUAUGUACUCCUUGGUUUGUCUCUGCUUUAAGAAAAAGAGGUAUUUCAUGCCCCGACCUUGUUGUUCAUUAUGCCUAGCUUUUAAAUGGUUUUCAUUCAAUGUUGGUCUCCUUGCUUCA